AUAUUUGUAUAACAAUUGCUUGCCACGUAUACAUUUUCAAUUCCCUAAACCUACUGCAAACAUACGUUUCUAACGAACAGAGCAGGAUGCUGGUUUUCAAGAAAGUCUUAGCUUUAAGCGUUCUAUCACUCUUAGCAUUAUUUGGCACUGCCGUUGGGAAACGCACCAAGCAGGAUUUGGAGCAAAUCCCGAACAAAUUACGACUUGAGGAUGGUAGAGAACUCGUCCCCGUUGUGAUAGUUGAGGGGAAAGAAUAUUUUGUGGACUCGGGAUACAGGAACAUAAGCUGGACAGAUGCCGUCGCUUAUUGCGACGCAUUCAACAUGACCAUCGGGGAAACUGUCACGGCUCAUCAAUACCAACAAGUGUACUUGUUUGUUCCCUUGUUUUACAACUUUUGGUUAGGAGGAACCAACGCUUUUCCUGGAACGAGUGAGUGGUUCUGGCGAACUGACCGAGUUCUAUUUAACUAUACUCGAUGGGGAGCUACACAGCCAAAUAAUAGAAAUAGCUGUAUGUAUUUCAUUGAAGAGCUUCAAAUUUGGUGGACCAUUGAUUGCUUGGAUCAUACUGGAGAACCGGAAGAAAUUUAUGUGCUUUGCCAGAGACCGGUAGUCAGCAAGUAACACUGAUGCAAGGGCACGUUAAGGAACCACCAAAUUUAAAACAGCAAAUUCAGAAUAUCUCUAAUUCAUAUCUUUGACAAAAUAUAGUUGAAUAAAUUCUAGCAACAAAUCCUA